AUGCAUCUUCCUGAAGCUGUAACAAGCGUCUUGGACGCAACACUAGAGAAUAUCUAUUCUCUGGAGAAAUAUGUGGCACCUACUGUUGUUCUGGUACCUCCCUUUGUGAGCGAAGCAGUCCAAGGCUUGUCGGAUCAAAUUGGGUUCGAUGUGGAAACUUUGAGCUAUGUCCUCGGAUUGUUGUUGUGCUACCCCUGCGGAAUGAUCAUGAACAGUAUGCCAUUUGGAAAGGCCCGUCAUUUCUUUUCCUUCAUUUUGGGUGCCUUCUUGCUUCAGUUCACUAUCGGUGUCCAAUGGAUCCAUCAUAUGAUCACUUCCUUGGUGGUAUAUGCCUUGUUCGCGUUCGUCCCUCGCAACAAAGUUCAGAUUGUCGUCCCUGUUUUUGUCAUGGUAUACAUGACUUUGGGCCAUCUGCACCGUCAGUACAUCAAUUACUUGGGCUGGGAUUUGGACUUUACCGGUGCACAAAUGGUUAUCACACAAAAGCUAUUCAUGAUGGCCUUCAAUCUCCACGACGGAGACCUUCUGGCAAAAGGAAACGCAGACCGUGCAGCUAAGAAAUGCGAAAAGUAUGCUCUAAAAGAGCUCCCAGGCCUUCUUGAGUACUUGGGUUACACUUUUUGUUUUGCAAGUAUGUUGGCCGGCCCUGCUUAUGAGUUCACGGUCUACCGCGAUGCCUGCGAUGGGUCUCUUUUAUACGACAAGGACGGAAAACCUCGUGGAAAGAUCCCCGGUACUCUGGUGCCCUCAUUGUUGCCAUUUCUCAAGAGUUUCUUGUUGUUGGGAAUCCACGUCGGUUUGGGUGGAAUGUUCCCUCUGUUGGACCCCACGGACUCUCAAAAGAACCCUCCUGUUCUAGCCCAGGAAGAUUUCUUGCAAAAUCCUUGGUUCUAUCGAUACGGUUACAUGUGGAUCGGACUCUUCGCCACUCGCUGCAAGUAUUACUUUGCUUGGCUGAAUGCAGAGGGUGCCAACAAUCUUUUUUACGCCGGUUUCGAGGGAUUUGACGAGAAGGGCGAGCCAAAGGGAUGGGGUGUCGCUAGCAAUGUGGACGUUCUUGGUUUUGAACUUGCACCCAAUCUGUCUACUCUCAGUAAAGAUUGGAACAAGAAAACGUCUCUUUGGUUGACCCGCUAUGUGUACAUCAGGACUGGUGGAAAUUUGAUGGCAGUGUAUAUGUUGAGUGCGUUUUGGCACGGAUUCUACCCAGGAUACUACCUGUUUUUCUUAUCGGUUCCCCUCUUGACCUUCUGCGAGCGUUUGGCCAAGAAGAAGAUUUCUCCCUACUUUUCUGAUGCUAGGUGGACCCCAUACGACUUCUUUUGCAUGUUCGUUACAUCCUUUUUUGUCGAGUACACGGUCUCGGCGUUUAUCAUUCUUCAACUCGAUGGAGCAAUUGCCACUUGGAAGAGCCACUACUUCUUUGGACACAUUUUGUCGAUUGGCGCUUACAUUGCUAUGACUUUGCUUCCUACCCCCAAGAAACCGGAGGAUGCCAAGAAGAAGGUCCAGUAA